UCCGCCUUUUAUCUCCACGGGAAAAUAAACUCGUCAGAAAUUCACCGGUUGCAACACAGCUCCAUCCGGCGGAGGAUACCGCUAUAAUGGGUGUUUUUUACGAAAUUGGACUUUGUAACAGUUUUCGUGCUCGCAGAUUCUGAUAAAAACAACACAUUUUGACGCCCGCUAGCUAACGUUAGUUCUCGCCACUGUCCGGUGGUGUUGGUGUUAUCCUGGUGAGAGUCUUAAAACGAGGGAUAUACAAAGAAUCUUACUUGGAGACAGUCCUAAACCACAAACAUGUCUGGGGCGUCUGUUAAAGUCGCCGUUCGAGUUCGGCCCUUCAACUCCAGGGAGAUGAGCAAGGAUUCAAAAUGUAUAAUUCAGAUGCAAGGCAACACUACAACUAUUCUCAACCCGAAAGCCCCAAAGGAACCAGCAAAGACUUUCAGUUUUGAUUACUCCUACUGGUCGCACACUACGCCGGAAGACCCCUCUUUUGCAUCACAGAACCUUGUGUACAAUGACAUCGGCAAAGAAAUGUUGCAGCACGCUUUUGAGGGCUACAAUGUCUGCAUCUUCGCUUAUGGCCAGACAGGAGCUGGCAAAUCCUACACCAUGAUGGGCAAGCAGGAGGAGGGGCAGGAGGGAAUCAUUCCCAUGCUCUGUGAAGAUCUAUUUGAGAAAAUCAAUGAGGACUGCAACAAAGAGGAGCUCUCCUACUCAGUAGAGGUCAGUUACAUGGAGAUCUACUGUGAGCGGGUGCGAGAUUUGCUCAAUCCUAAGAACAAAGGGAACCUUAGAGUGCGAGAACACCCGCUUCUAGGUCCCUACGUGGAGGACCUGUCCAAGCUAGCUGUCACCUCCUAUACAGACAUCGCUGACCUAAUGGAUGCAGGCAACAAGGCCAGAACUGUGGCCGCCACCAACAUGAACGAGACCAGCAGCAGGUCCCAUGCUGUUUUCACCAUCGUCUUCACACAGAGGAAACACGACAGCGAGACAGACCUCUCCACAGAAAAGGUCAGUAAAAUUAGUCUGGUAGACUUGGCAGGGAGUGAACGAGCAGAUUCCACUGGAGCUAAAGGCACCAGGCUAAAGGAGGGAGCGAACAUCAACAAAUCUCUCACCACGUUAGGAAAGGUUAUCUCCGCCUUGGCUGAAGUGGAUAACUGUACCAGCAAGAGCAAGAAGAAGAAGAAGACUGACUUCAUCCCAUACAGAGACUCUGUUCUGACAUGGCUGCUGAGGGAGAACCUCGGUGGAAACUCCAGAACAGCUAUGGUAGCUGCCCUCAGUCCUGCAGAUAUCAACUAUGAUGAAACUCUCAGCACUCUCCGCUAUGCCGACCGAGCCAAGAACAUCAAAUGCAAUGCUGUUAUCAAUGAAGAUCCCAACAAUAAGCUGGUGCGUGACCUGAAGGAUGAAGUGGCUCGACUGAAGGAACUGCUCCGCGCCCAGGGCUUGGGAGACAUCCUGGACAUUGAUCCUAUGGGGGAUGAUUGCCCAGGAAGUGGAAUCAAAUACCUCAAAGACAUUCAGAACAAUAAGAAUAGAUACUUGGUAGCCUCAGAGAACCAACGCCCUGGCCAUUUCUCCACAGCCCCUAUUGGUUCCCUGACAGCCUCUCCAUCCUCUGGCUCACUGUGCAGCCAGGGGGGCCUGCAGUCGGUCACCAGCAUCCAGGAGCGCAUCAUGUCCACACCUGGAGGAGAGGAGGCCAUUGAAAGACUCAAGGAAUCAGAAAAGAUCAUUGCCGAGCUCAAUGAAACCUGGGAAGAGAAACUGCGAAAGACUGAGGCGAUCCGCAUGGAGAGGGAGGCCUUGCUUGCAGAGAUGGGUGUGGCAAUCCGUGAAGAUGGGGGCACUUUGGGCGUAUUCUCUCCUAAAAAGACUCCACAUCUGGUGAACCUGAAUGAGGAUCCUCUCAUGUCAGAGUGUCUACUCUACUACAUCAAAGAUGGAAUUACAAGGGUGGGUCAAGCUGACGCUGAACGGCGACAAGACAUUGUUCUGAGUGGUGCUCAUAUCAAGGAAGAGCACUGUAUCUUCCGCAGCGAGAGGAAUGCCAAUGGAGAUGUUAUCGUCAUGCUGGUGCCCUGUGAGGGAUCAGAAACCUACGUCAAUGGCAAGCGUGUUGAAGAUGCGAUCCAGCUUCGUUCAGGUAACCGUAUCAUUAUGGGAAAGAACCAUGUGUUCCGGUUCAACCACCCAGAACAGGCCAGAGCAGAAAGGGAGAAAACGCCAUCUGCCGAAACCCCGGUGGAGCCGGUGGAUUGGACCUUUGCUCAGAGAGAGCUUCUAGAGAAGCAGGGCAUCGACAUGAAGCAGGAAAUGGAGAAAAGGCUCACUGAGAUGGAAAUCUUGUACAAAAAAGAGAAGGAAGAGGCAGACCAACUUCUGGAGCAACAGCGACUGGUUUACGAGAGCAAAUUGCAAGAACUUCAGAAACAGGUGGAGACUCGUUCACUGGUAGCUGAGACACCCGAUGAAGAAGAGCUGGAGGAAGAGGAGGAAGAAGAAGUGCCGUGGACUCAGCAUGAGUUUGAGCUGGCACAGUGGGCCUUCAGGAAGUGGAGGUACCAUCAGUUCACCUCCCUCCGUGACCAGCUGUGGGGAAACGCUGUCUACCUAAAGGAGGCUAAUGCCAUUAGUGUAGAGCUAAAGAAGAAAGUCCAGUUCCAGUUUGUCUUGCUGACAGACACGCUGUACUCUCCGCUGCCCCCUGAGCUCCUGCCCCCAGAGCCAGAGAAGGAGCGUGACUCCAGGCCUUUCCCCCGCACUGUGGUGGCUGUAGAGGUUCAGGACCUAAAGAAUGGAGCCACGCACUACUGGUCCCUUGAUAAACUCAAGCAGAGGCUGGACCAGAUGAGAGAGAUGUAUGAUCGCGCUGGUGAAAUGGCCUCCACUCAUCAAGAGGACGGCGAGGGCACUCUGACAGGAAGCGACCCCUUCUAUGACCGUUUCCACUGGUUUAAACUUGUUGGGAGCUCCCCCAUCUUCCAUGGUUGCGUUAAUGAGCGCCUGGCCGACCGCACGCCCUCGCCCACCUUCUCCACCACUGACUCGGAGAUCACCGAGCUGGCCGAUGAGCGCCAGAGCGAGAUGUCUGACUUAAUUGAUGAUGAGGCAUUUGUGGACGACACCAGCUCGGAUGCCGGCACCGAGGAGGGCUCAGACAUCUUCAGCGAUGGCCAGGACCCCUUCUACGACCGCUCCCCCUGGUUCAUCCUGGUGGGAAGAGCUUUCGUGUACCUGAGCAACCUGCUGUACCCUGUACCACUGGUUCACCGUGUUGCUAUAGUAACAGAGAAGGGCGCGGUGCGUGGUUUCCUGCGCGUGGGGGUCCAGGCUAUAGCUGCUGACGAGGAGGCUCCAGACUACGGGUCAGGAGUUAGACAGUCAGGAACCGCCAAGAUUUCCUUUGAUGAUGAGUACUUCAAAAAGAACGACUUUCCCUCCACGGUUAUGACCCGCUCCGGCUUGUCCCUGGAAGAGCUGCGCAUUGUGGAGGGUCAGGGUCAGAGUUCAGAGGUCAUCACACCCUCAGAGGAGCUCAACAGAAUCAAUGACAUGGACCUCAAGCUGGGUAACAUCGCGGAGACCAAGCUGAGUCUUGGUGACGGUCUGGCAGACCAGCUGGAGGUGGGCAGCAUCUUUACCUUCCGUGUUACCGUGCUCCAGGCCAGCGGCAUCCUGCCUGAGUACGCCGACAUCUUCUGCCAAUUCAAUUUCCUGCAUCGUCAUGAUGAGGCUUUUUCCACUGAGCCUCUGAAGAACACCGGCAAAGGAGCUCCUCUGGGCUUUUACCAUGUCCAGAAUAUUUCAGUUGAGGUCACAGAGUCCUUUAUUGAAUACAUCAAGACCAAGCCCAUUGUGUUCGAAGUGUUUGGCCAUUACCAGCAGCACCCGCUGCAUCUUCAUGGUCAGGAUCUGAUCAGUCCUCCAACACCGUCAAGGAAGUACUAUCCUAUUCCCAUGCCUCUAUCUAAACCAGUUCCAGCCACCAAGUUGAACACCAUCACCAAGUCCAACCUGGGUCAGUGCGUCAGCAAGUACGACCUGCUCGUGUGGUUUGAGAUCAGCGAGCUUGAGCCCACUGGAGAGUACAUUCCAGCUGUAGUGGAUCACAGUGGAGGACUGCCCUGCCAUGGCACCUACCUACUGCACCAGGGAAUCCAGCGAAGGAUCACGGUGACUCUCAUCCAUGAGAAGGGUAGCGAGCUCCACUGGAAGGACGUCCGCGAGCUGGUCGUGGGUCGUAUCAGGAACAAAGCUGAAGUGGACGACAGUGCUGCUGAUGCUGUCCUGUCCCUCAACAUCAUUUCUGCCAAGAACAUCAAGUCAUCCCACAACUCCAACAGGCUUUCUAUUGAUAAGGAUAUUGAUAGGACUUUCUACCGCUUCGAGGCAGUGUGGGACAGCUCCCUGCACAACUCCCUCCUGCUCAACCGAGUCACUCCUUAUGGAGAGAAGAUCUACAUGACCCUGUCUGCGUAUCUGGAGCUUGACCACUGCAUUCAGCCUGCUAUUAUUACCAAAGACAUCUGCAUGGUCUUCUACUCCCGAGAUGCAAAGAUCUCCCCUCCCCGUUCCCUCAGGAACCUCUUUGGGAGUGGUUACUCCAAAACUCCUGACUGCAACCGAGUCACUGGCAUCUACGAGCUGAGCUUGUGCAAGAUGUCUGACACUGGAAGCCCAGGGAUGCAACGGAGGAGGAGGAAGGUCCUGGACACAUCAGUGGCUUAUGUGCGUGGAGAGGAGAACCUGGCCGGCUGGAGACCCAGAGGAGACAGUCUCAUCCUGGAGCACCAAUGGGAGCUGGAGAAAAUGGAGCAGCUGCAUGAGGUGGAGAAGACCCGACACCUGCUCCUGCUGAGGGAGAAGCUGGGAGAGGCGGCACCAGUGGGAACAGCUCCCACCACUAAGUCCCUGAGCGAGUCGCUGUCCCCGAGCAUGAGCUCUGGCACCCUGUCCACCUCCACCUCCAUCUCCUCACAGAUCUCCAGCACCACCUUUGAAAGCGCCAUCACGCCCAGCGAAAGCAGCGGCUACGACUCCACAGACAUCGAGAGCCUGGUGGAUCGUGAGAAGGAGCUGGCCACUAAGUGCCUGCGCCUCAUGACACACACCUUCAACAGCGAAUACAACCAGGUGGUCAACAGUAUCAGUGACUGCAAGCUGUCUGACAUCUCACCCAUCGGACGGGAUCCAUCGGUGACCAGCUUCAGCAGCGCCACCCUCACCCCCUCCUCCACCUGUCCUUCUCUAUCCGACUCCCGCUGUAGCUCCAUGGACCAGAAGACCCCAGAGAACAGCUCCCGUGCCUCCAGUCCCUCCUGCUCAGACUAUGAAAACUUCCCGAUGGUUCCCACUCUGGAGACCUCUUACCUAGCACGGGCCGGGAAGAACGAGUUCCUCAACUUGGUGCCUGAUAUUGAAGAAAUGAGGCCAGGAUCUGUUGUGUCCAAGAAGGGUUUCCUAAGCUUCAUGGAGCCUCGUUCUAACUCGUGGGUGAAACACUUUGUGGUGGUGCGCCGGCCCUACGUCUUCAUCUACAACAGCGACAAGGACCCGGUGGAGCGGGGCGUCCUCAACCUCUCAACAGCACAGGUGGAAUACAGUGAAGACCAGCAGGCCAUGCUCAAGACUCCCAACACGUUUGCUGUGUGCACAAAACAUCGAGGAAUCCUGCUGCAGGCCAACAACGAGAAAGACAUGAACGACUGGCUCUACGCUUUUAAUCCCCUGCUAGCAGGAACGAUAAGAUCGAAGCUGGCUAGGAGGCGCAGUGGCCUAAUGAAGAACUGAGUGAGUGGACCGGCGCACAGGAAACCACGGCUUCCAUUCUUUCUGCAAAGCCUUUGAACAUACCAAGUGUUAACAAUUAUUAAUCAUUGUGAUUCUUGACGGUUUUCUCUUGUAAGUAGACUUGUGGCUUAAGUCUCCUUUCAUGCGACUAAAACUUUCAGUUCCAGAGAAAUUUGCCUCCCCUCUCCCUCCAACAACCCUCUGCCAACUUAGCUUUUGUCCUCUCUAUCUCGCCCCCACCUCCUCCUCAGCUUUUUGUGUUUUUGUUUAUAUGACAAUGUUUGGGUCUUAUUUUGUUCUGCUUUGUUGUCAUUCCCUAACUCCCUAACUAGUAGCAUGUUGUAGUAGUCUACUUGUGUGUGCACGAUUCUUCAGAAACUGUUCUUUCUGGCCACUAAUUUUCAGUUUGCCAAUCAUCUGUAAAAAUUGUCUCUAUCAGUGUUAUUUGUCUCCCGAGAAGAGUUUUAUUUUGUUGUUUUUUAUAAAUAUGCCCGCAUGAUAACUGCAGCAGUCCUCAGGAGAAGACCAGGUUUGCUUACUCAAAAAAAAAAAAAAUUAAUCAGACAACUACACUUACAACCAUGAAGGGAAAAUAUACAAAUAUGUCCAAGUGACAUAUCAGUUUACGCUCUGCUAGAGAAAGCAGAGCUACUUCAACAACUAUUGCUGCUAAUGAAUUCAUAGGUUUUUUCUUCUCUUUAUGAGAUCUGCAUCAGGCCUCUUCCUAAAGUAGACUCUAGCUCCCCUGUGCUGCCUCCCAAAAAGCCUUUAGAAUCAAAAUGUGAAAAAUUUGUCAAGUUCCCGACUCAGCGAGACACCAGGGCAGCACCGGAUUUCCACCAUCAUCCAUGUGAUAUUUAGAUCCCACUUCUCAGUCCGUGUACAUACACCAAAACCAACUCCCCUCGAUAGUGCUGUCAGUCAGUGAGUAAUUACUUACAAUCAUGCAUUUGUGUCAACAUCAAAAAUACACGCUAAAUGAAGAAACGUGCAAAAAUAAAUGAUCAGUUCAUAUCUCAUGACUAUGGAUUGUUCAAGCAGGAGUAGAUAUUUGUCCCUGUUCUUUUGCUAUUUCAUCUCAAGAAAAAAAAAAAACAGGGUGUUACAGAGAUGAGGAGGAUUAAGAGACAGAGGAAGAUACUCUAAAGAGAGAAUAUCAUUUGUACAUACAGUCUGUUCUGGGAUCAGUGUGGUAGUUAACUCUCAUUUAAGACAUUCCUCUCAGCUCUUCGAGCUCCUCGCAGUUUUUCUUACACUUAAAAUGUUGAGCCUCGGACCUCAAGAGAGACUCAACAUUUGCUAAUAUUUUUAUUUAACCAUCACAGACGUGUGAUACUGAAGACAAAACUCAGUGAAACGGGAGGAAGAAGUGAGACGGAGACUGAAGUUGCAGCGCUUUAGCCUUGACGCCAGUAGUUAAUUGAUGAAGCUGCUAGCACAUAGCCUGCAGGACAGAUACUGAUACAGUCUACCCCAUGACUCCCCUCACUGUCACUCCAGUGUCGGGUGAAACUUCUGUAAAAUGAAGUACUUACUCUUCAGAAGCACCACAGUUUACCAUGUGUUCAUUUUCUAUUUGUGUUUUUGAAUUGAAACCUCUUAACUCAUCUAACUUUCCACUGUUUUUUUUUUUUUUUUUUUUUUUUUUUAUUAAUUAGCAUUGUUGAUUGUUUUUUUCUAUUAUGCUUUUAAUCAUUCCACAGUGGCGUUUUAUAUAAAAUGUAACUGAGGGCAUUUAUUUCUUGAUUUGUAACCAACUGUACUGGUGUUUUACCUUAUUUUGCACAUUAACACAUAUCUAUAGCAAGACGAGGGCAGGUCACACAUGUUGAGUCCAGGGUUAUUUCUGAGUAUCAGGAACACUGAUAAGAGCACAUAUCAAGGUUACACUGGAUAGCUGUUCUCCAAAGGGUUUACUAGAAAGAAAGAAAGCGAUGUUAAAGGGACGAAAUAUACUUAAAUGUUUUAUUUCUGAUAUUGUUUAUGAAAAUAUUUGCUCUGUACAUCAUAAAGCGCACGGUAUAUUACAUUUGACAUUUGUGGUGCCUCUGUCUGUGGAAAUGGUAGAGCAGUGAUAGGUACAGAUGGGCACUAAUAAACUCUGGCCAACCAACCAGUAGUAUGCCUUCUGUGUCAUAUGAAAGGAACAAUUAAGGUUAAAUGUGUUGAAGCAGAGGUACCCAUUGCCUGUUAGAAGUUUUAGUGAAAUUAUUAAUGACAAAAAAGCAGAAAACAGUCCCCUCAGAAGUUUAAAUGGAUGAACAAUGUCGCUGCCCUCAGGUCAGCCAGCCUGCUGGUCAGAGAAAAAAAAAAAACCUGGUGAAUUGUUUCAAAGAAAAUCAUUUGUCUGUCAAGGAACUCACAUAUAAAAACCAUCUAUGCACUGAUCAAGGCUCUAGUGCAAUGUACCUCACGUUAACCUCAGUGCACUCAAUACAUGUCAGAGCAAACAUUUUCACUUCAGUGACUAAUUUGCAGAGGUAUAUUAUUUUGGGAUUGUGUAUUUAUUGUUUGCAAUGUAUAUAUUAGUUUGCAGCUCUUUGCACAUAUUAAUAAAAGGUUCAACUAACUGAUCAAAUAAAGUCUGUGCGGUUUAGUUGUUCUACUCAGAAUGAACCAAAUGAUGGUGUGGCAGCCUCUCCCAGUCUGAACUGGUAGAGAGUUGAAUGUACUAUGAGGAUGUGUGUUUUUCCAUCAUCAAAAAAAAAGAGAGAACUAAAAUGUAACCUGCUGCAUCUGUUCAGGGGAGGUGAGUUACAUUAGUGCUUCCUCUUUAUUAGGAAGUGGUUUGAGUGAAAGUCUGCUUUUCAUUUGAAGAAUAUACUCACUACUCACGCUAGACAGCCAUCUGAAUUCUAGCAAAAUGAAGGUGGUUUUUAACUCAUUUUAUUUUUUCUAAUAUCAGGGAAUAUAAUACAAAGUAGCUAGUGACAUCUAAAAUGACAGUAUACUUAUUGUUUGUGCUGGUGUCUUUAUUCACCUCACUUUUUUUUCCAUUGAUGCCUUUCAAACAAAACUAGCCAUGAUAUUUUCCAUCUUCCCCUCUGACAAUUAAUAUCAGUUAACUGCAUUCCCUUUGGAUUUGCUCACCACCAGGAAAAAGACAGACUAACCAUGACAUUAACACUGUACAUUAUUUGUCAGACUGGUUUCAUUUUCAUACUUAUUUUGUAAAUAUCUGUGUUGUAUGGAGCUUGAAUUAAAAUGUAAAUAUGUUUACUGUAUUUGUAAUAAUUAUAAUCCAUUCGCUGUAUAGCAUAGAUGUGUCAUGCAGAUAUCCUAAUUCUGUGUAUGGUAAUCUUGCACCAUUGAACUGUUUAGUGAAUGAGGCAACAAUAAAAGUGCAAAUUGUGCAUUAGCAGAACAA